AAAAUGGUCCACCGAGACGAAAUCUUAAAACCGAUAUGGCACGCGUUUGGUGCUCUAGAUUUGGACCGAACUGGAAAAGUGUCCAAAUCUCAGCUAAAGGUGCUGUCUCACAACCUCUGCACAGUGCUAAACAUUCCCCAGAAAAAUUCUGACUUGGAGGAGCAUUUCAGUGAUGAUGACAAGGGGCCUGUGUCCUCUCAGGGGUACAUGCCCUAUCUGAACACCUUUAUCCUGGACAAGGUCCAUGAGAAGUUUGAUUUUGUGGAGCUGAAUAAAAUGUGCUGGACGCUGUGCUAUCGCAAGAACAUCAGUACCAACCAGCUGCUGAUCUCAAAUGAAGAUGCCUUUAAAAUUUGGUGUAUUUUUAACUUUCUGUCUGAAGACAAAUAUCCCCUUGUGGUCACUGUAGAAGAAAUUGAGUAUUUUCUGCGGAAGCUGAUAGAAGCCACAGGCAGAAACUGGAACGAGGAAAGAUUUGUGGACUAUAAGGCACAGCUGAGCUUAAAGGAAUGUCUAAAUGCCUGGGAGCUGAUUGAGCUAGUGGGCAUGGGGUAUUUCACCAAAGGCAUGGAUCGCCAAACCAUCAGUUUAGGCAUCCAUGGGGUCUUCCAAGAGCUCAUACUGGAUAUUCUUAAACAGGGCUAUAUGAUGAAAAAAGGACACAAAAGGAAAAACUGGACGGAGCGCUGGUUCGAACUGCGCCUCUGUCAAAUCUCAUACUACGUGAGCGAGGAUCUCGCUGAGAAAAAAGGCAGCAUUCCACUGGAUCGGCACUGCUGUGUAGAGCCUUUGCAGGAUAAAGAAGGCAAGAAAAACCUCUUCAUCAUCAAAUGCCCAGACAAAAGCUUUGAGAUUAGUGCUUCAGACAAAAAGAAACGACAAGAGUGGAUCCAAGCCAUUCAGGACUGUAUUAACCGGCAGAGGCAGGGUCUGUCAGCGCCGCACAAGGAGGCCCAGCAGCGCCGCCGGGAACUGCGUAACCGGCUCCAGACAGAGCAGGCACUAAUGGAGGCAAGAAUGAUGGAGCUGCAGUUGGCUAAUGAAAAGAAACACAAACAACUGGAAGUCAUGAGAGAGAACCUGGAGGAGGCAGCAGCAAGGGCUGUCAUGGAGGAGCAGAGGAGAAUCCGGACCCAGAAUGAGCUGCAGAACCGCUACAGAAUGGACUUAGAGAAAGAAAAAAUUGUGCGUCAGCAGAUGGAGGAGCAGGUGGAUCAGAUGUCUGGUGAGCUAAACCUGUACCUGCAGCGUGUUCGUGAGCUGGAGGACAUGUACCGUAGCCUGGAGGAGGCACUAGAGGACGAGAGACAGGCCAGACAGGACGAGGAGUCUCUGCGCAAACUGCAGGCCAGGUUGUUGGAGGAAGAAGUGAGGAAGCAUACCGAGCUGGAGCAGAUUCACCUCCUGCAAAAGCAGGCCAUGCAUUUUACACAGCAGGAGAAAGAGCAACUGGAGCAGCAGAGGUUAGAACAGGAUCGAUCUCUACAAAACGCCAUGAUGCAGCUCGAGAACCUCGAAAAGCAGAGACAGGAAACACUGGAGCAGUAUGAGACUGUGAAAAGGAAACUGGAGAGAGCAGCAGACAAGACGCAGAGCUGGAAGGAUAAAGUUGCCAAACAUGAGGGGCUUAUUCGCCUCAUUCAACCAGGCAGCAAAGGUCAACAUAAAAUGACCAACUGGGGUGCUGCAGCAUUUACCGACAACGAACUGGAAAUGAGGGAGAAGAAGUGGCAAGAGACCAAAAACAAACCAGGAAGUGCAUUGUAAU